UGAAGCAAAAUAUUUUCAUUCGAAGUUUUUUGUAAAAUUAAAAACUCUGGUAUUCAAUUAAAUUGACAUGAACAGAGUAGACAUCUAUAGAGUAAUUGACAAGUUCAGUAAAGAACAAUGGAGAGAUUUUAGUCGACUGAAACUCGAUUUAGAUGAACAAAAGAUGGAUGAACUCGAGGAUAGAUGGAGAGACGACUUCAAACAACAAAAGUUCAAGACAGUUAUAGCAUGGGAAGAUCAAACUGAUAGAAAAGGAGACUCAUUGCAGCUCCUGAUGUCAUGGAAAAGAGAAUUUUUUUGUGGUGAGCAGGAAGACAAGACUAAAACAAAGGCCGAACAAGCAAUCCAAUCCGCUGCUGACGUUUACAACUUGCCAACCCCUAGAUACAUAAGAUACUCCGAGAGCUAUAAACUCACAGCAAAAAAAGGUCUCGUUCUGAUCAUAAGCAAUUCGUUUACUUCCUUCGCUGAAAAAGGUCAUAGAACACCUGCAUGCCAUAAAGAUGUGGAAAGUAUGGAAAAACUGUGGAGAGAUACUAUAGGAUGCACACUGCUAGAAGGAAGAUCUCAUCAAGACAAAAGUGCUGCUGAAAUGAGAGAUCUGCUCAGGAAGCUUGGUAAGUCACCCGGGUAUGAUUACAUGGUGGUGGUGAUAAGUACACAUGGAGAGAUGAUUCCAGAAGAAAAUAAAAUCGGAAAUCAAACAUUUGUGAGUUAUCAAGAAGUUUUGUUAGGAAAUGACAACAAACAUAUCCGAGCAAAGGAAAUACAGUCUCUUUUUGACAAUGAUGCUGCUCGAAAUUUACAAGGCAUACCCAAGCUUUUCAUCCUUCAAUACUGCAGAGGAAAAGAAGUUAAUCGAGGAGUGAAAAGGGAAAGUGAAGUUAGUGGUGAUGCCGGCCCUCACGAAUUAGAUGAUAUGCCUCUAAUUCCAAUAGAUUCACUGAUGCCCACAACAAGUGACGUCCUCACAGCUUAUCCAACGCAUGAAAACCAGAAGGCUUUUAAAAAUGAUGAUGGAUCUUGGUUCAUUCAGACCAUUUUUAAAGUCUUCAAAGAUGGCUACCGUCAAAAGCAUGUUACAGAUAUGCUCACAGAUGUCAAUCUUGAAAUGAUGAACAAGAGAGGCGAAAUAGACUUGAAUGACUGCAAGUCAAUGAGCAUCUAUGAGUCUAGUCUCACCAAACGUUUCUACUUGGUUGAUCCGCAGACUCCUCCUAGCACGGCGUGAACGAGUCAAAUAGAAAGAAGUAAAAAAGAAAAAGCUUAAAAAUUACAGACUAUAAUUAUUAUAUAUAAUAUUUAGAUAUGUAAUCCGUAGUAUGAACAUUUUUCAGAGCAGCAAUUUAUGAAUAGUGUACUUUAUAUUAUUCAUUUGCA